AUGUUAGUGCGCGACAAACUAGCCGGACUUUUUGUCUGCGCGGGUACCGCCGGUCGAUGGAAAUGUCGUCGUUUUUCCGCAUCAAACACCAUCAAUUUCCGAUUUUUGCACUUAACCGACGACUGCGCUCCAUUCCGUUGCCUUCCAUUCUUUAAAAAUUGGAACAAUGAAGUGGUUGAGAAGCGGAGAAACGUUGCGAGAAUCCCAGACUUUGAAGAGAAAGGGAUCGAAAAGAUGAUCGAGAUUGAGUACAAACUGAAAUGUGUUCGCGGAAAGCUCAACCGCUAA